UUUCUUCAUGCAGGAAUUGAAAAGGUUGUUUGAAAACAGUGAUGUUAAAGAACAAAUACCUAUGAUAAAAGCAAUGUGUGCAGGUUUAACAGAACAGAUAACUGAGGAGGAACUGCUUUUACCAUUACAAUUCAUGGUCAAUAUCUACCUCAACUGUCCACCAAAACACCCAGUAAAGAGAAUACUAGCCAGCACUUUCCAGAAUUAUCUUCCCUGUAUCAGAGACAGAGUGAAGGGGGCGUUAACAGAGCAGCUCCUGAAUAAAAUGACUACUUGUCAGACAAGAGCUGACUCAAGUGAAACUGGAUGGAGGUCACUUGUGGACAUUGUGUCUAGUUUAAUGGAGAACUUUAAACUAGGAGAAAAUUGCCUUUGUCUGAUAAGUUUACCUGUGAUGAAGUUUCUGAGCAAAGCACUGUCUGAAUUCAUCGAGCUUUUCAGUGCAAGCCUGUCUCCUGUCAAACAGAAUGAACUGAUGCACAAUUGCCUAACAGCUUUACAAACAACCAAUAGAAUGCUUCAGAAGUGUCACAUGACUAUACUAGAGAUCCUGACAGAAUCUGAAUCACAGAAAAGUUUUAUAGGAUAUGCCAGUUCACUGAUGGCAUCAAACAUGAAAAUACUAAAAUCAGACAACUUCAUGUUGGACUGUAAAACAAGUUGUGGUAUGAAUCUAGUCUUGCUGCUCAAACUGCUCUGUCCACAAGAAGUUGUCGCCCAGUUGUUGUCUGCAGCGUUCAGGAGACUAGUAGUUCAGACGUCAGCACCUCAGUAUUCCUGGUUGGAGGGAUGUGGUCUUUACUCUUUAAACCUUGCCCCUCUUACUCCUACUAGUCACUUGUGUCUCUGUUAUGGCUUGUUUGCUCACCUUGAUCCAGCUGACCUCCUGUAUGAGUUCAUGGACAACACCUGUCUUCUACUGGAUGUAUUCCCAGAUGAAUUUCUCCAGUUAAACUCUCAGUGUGAGGACACAGGUAGCAAGCUACUGCUGGCCAAGUCUAUGUGUUUAUGGACAGUCCGUGCCAGUGCCUGUUUGAAGACAGACUGUGUCUCCCCUGCCAUGAGGUCAAGGUUGAAAGGUGGUGAGGUCACGUUACAGAAAGUCCUGCAAUAUGUUUGGGCGACAUGGGAGGACACUGUAGAUGCAAUAAGGCUUAAUGCAAGAGACACCUUUACAAAUUCAUUGAAAGUUCAUUCUCUGGCACAGCAAACUGAUCCCAUCCAAGACAGUUUUCUGCUGGACCUUGCUCGUACUCUCAUCCUUGACAUCAACUGGUCAUGCAAGGGGAAAUAUGGCAGUCUGUGUGGUAUUGUGGGAUAUGUAGGCACCACCCACUUCCUGACAGUUUUACCCAGCAUGCCAAGGGAUGUUCUCAACCAAAUGAAGGAGCAAACAUUAUCUUGUUAUGCCAGUGAGCUGUAUCAGAGGCUAUGUGAGGCCCACCAAGGAGAGCUGAGAAAUGCCCAUGACUGCCAGACAAAAUGGCUGACCCUGUGGGUCGACCCUGUCCUGGACGUGCUGUCUGGCAACAAUAAACUUCACAAACUUCAUGUGAUGGAGUACAUCCUGCCCAAGUUGUUGAAGAAUGGCAAGAUGACACUUCAUCACAUGGUUCAGCAGCUGACCAAGGACACUUCUAAAGAUUCUUCUGAUCAACACCUUGGAGCCUUAGUGACUUGUCUAAGGAGAGCUCGAGUGAUGGGACUGCUUCAAAACCAGGAGUCAGGGUCCUCAGAAUGUUUGUAUGGAGCUGUCAGUAUAACAGUCAUCAAACAAGCUAUGGCACAUAAAGAUGAACAGGUGAGACUAGAUGUUUUGGCCUUACUUUGUGAGAACCAGAGAUCAACAGAGGUCAUCAGUAAGACUGAGUUUGAUUUACUACAACAGUUCUUACCUUGGAACCUGAAUAACCAAUCGCCAUCUUUCAGACAACACCUUCUGGCCCACCUAAAAAAGCUAUUGUUCAGACUACAGGAGAGCCAGGCAACACUCCAGAGGAACAUGAAGAACAAGAAAACUAAGCCAGAGAUAAGAGAGACAUACAGAGUCUCCCUAGAUAACUAUCAGGACUUUGUGGGAUGGUUAGUGGAACACCAGUUCCUGUGUCUGUCCGGUUCAUCCUUCGCCCGCCGCACCACCUGUCUGUCCAUCCUGUCUCUAGUUAUCACAGCUCUUCCUUACAUAGGAGAUAACCUUGGGUUUGACCUGGUCGGCUGUGUCCAUGCCCCACAGCUUCAGUCCCUCCUGGAGUGUCUCACAGAUACAUUUGAAGAAAACAAGAUGGAAGCCACAAAAAUCCUACAGUAUUGUUGUCAGCACCGCAGGGACCACGAGGGCCUUUCAAACUUAGAGCCUCUUUUUGACACUGCCUUGACCUUGGCUGCAUCAACACGACCCCAGGAUUGUACUACGGCAGCUUACCUCUUCAAAGUCCUUCUGGUACAACCAGAAAUAUAUGACAUUCUGAAAAACUCAAACAGCUAUCAGUCAAAACUCUUCCUAACAAAACACAGAGAGACAUUCUGUCUGCCUCCAGCGGACAAUAGCCAAUCAGGACGAAGUCUACUGUUGCUAUGGAUACUAUUGUCAUACCUACAAGAUCAGAAGGAGGUUGCUAAAGAAAGUCUGAUCAUGGCUGCUGCAAACCGUCCCUUAUAUCCUACCCUGCACUGCAUCAGAUAUGUCCUAUUCGACGUGGCAUUGAAAAACCUUGCACAGGAUCAGUCUCUUCAGCACUGGCAGUCCUUCAUACAGAACCUUAUCAACAUUUGCCUGGAAAUUUCAGAAAUUGUCUCCCCUGUUGUCCAUAACACAUCACCAGAGGGCAACGUACCAGUGGAAGCCAUUGGUGGCUUGAACCUGGACACUCUCCUUGACCCCGACAGUCUAAAGGAUGCUGAGCGGAGUAAAGAGACAGUGAUGUUGAUGCCAGAGUACCUUGUUGUCUGCUGCUGGAGAAAUAUCAAAGAGGUAUCCCUCCUCCUCGGCCAGCUAAAUCUAGCAGCACCCAUCUCUGAUCCAGGCAGGCCUGACGUUGAGGGACUUCUAUCAUGUGACCAGAUACUGGUGAUGGGAAACUAUUUCAAGAAGCAGCUGCUGGAGUCAGUACAUAGAGGUGCUUUUGAGCUGGCUUAUGCUGGCUUUGUCAAGAUGGCUGAUAUGUUAUGGAGGAGUAACAUUCAGGAGUUACACAAGCUACCACGGAGAUGGCUACAGGAAGUAAUGGCAGACAUCCAAGCAGAUGAUCCUAAUUCGAAGUUGUGUUCUACUCGUCGUAGUGCUGGUGUACCCUUCUACAUUCAGACUUUAGUCACCACAGAACCAAUAAGUACAGGCAGGCCAUGCUUUAAACAGACAAUGACAGAACUCCUACAGAUGGCGCUGUUAGACAGUACAGGACAGGAGUCAGCCUCAAACCCACAGGUGCAUGCCUUGAACACUCUGAGGUCGCUGUACCGAGACACAAGACUCGCUGAUGAUGUGGCACCCUUUGUAGCUGAUGGACUGCGGGCAGCCAUACUCGGGUUCCAGAAUCCAUUUUGGGCUGUACGGAACUCUGCCACACUUCUAUUGAGUGCUCUAGUGACACGUAUUUUUGGGGUUAAAAGGAGCAAGGAUGAAAGUAGUGUGUCCAAGAAAAACUGCCAGACAGGAAGGGCCUUUUUCCACAGAUACCCUUCUCUGUACAAGUUUCUGUUGGACCAGCUAGCCACAGCAACAGAAAACAUAGGGAACUCUGAGGGUAUGUUAUACCUGCAUCCGUCACUCUACCCCAUACUGAUGGUCCUCGGAAGGUUGUUUCCCUCUCAUCUAGAGGGCGCUGAUACCAGCCUCAAUCUGGCUGCCUUCAUCCCAUACGUCAUUAAAUGCAGUUCUAGUGCUGUAUACAAGACUAGGAUCAUGUCUGCCAAAGCUCUACAGCCAUUGGUUCUCCCAGGUCAGCUGACCUCUGUACUUACACAACUGCUGGACAUGCUUCCUGACUUCGGCGUGAAAUCACCCAAUCAGAAUCUCAUCCAUGGACUCUUACCCCAGGUCCACCAGCUGAUUCAGACUCUACCAAGUGUCAGUGAGAACAUCAGGGUCCAAGCUGGUCAUCUCCUCUUGUCAAAGUGGCUCAACAAAAUCUGGCUUAUAACAAGACGAAAUACCUGUGUGAUGACAAGGACAGAAGCUCUAAAUGUGACGUACAGAAUCAUCAAGAUUUACCAAGAUGUGGAAGAUGAAGAAAUAUUGUUAACACUUACAACAAUUAGAGAUGAAUAUACGAAAGUUUUACAACAAGAACUUGACCUAUUUGACCUCAAGGAUUGGCCACAACUGGCCGGAUUUACAGAAUUUGUUGUGGCUGUUGCACGACUAGAGCUCACACAUGUAAAGGGAAAUAACUCUGGUAUAAUAUCCCUCCUGAGGAGAUUACUACAGUGUGCUUAUUAUGAGGUGAGAUUGAUAGCACUGGUGUUUAUAAGAGAUAUUUUCUAUGGUGAUCAGUCUGAUGCCACACAGGAGGACACGCGGACACUAGUGUUCCAGGGGGUGGAGGUCUCCAGUGAGUUCAGCAGAGAUCUACUGGUCACUCUUAGAAACGAGAUAGGAGAGUCUGUAUCCAUCCUGAAUCUAUUGUUACAACGAGGCUUGACUGAGGAGACACACUAUGAAUGUAUCAUCCAGGUGUUUGAAGUAUUAGCCUGCCAUCCUCUUCUUUCUGCAUGGGACUGGACAUUGUCAGGAGGACCAACGCCAUCACAGAUACUGGAGACAUGCCUACACACUAUCCAGUCUAACCCGAGGGAUGAGAUCAGGGCUGCAGUGAUCCAGUUUACUGGCGUCGUGAUAAGAGCUGUGAUAGAAGAAGCACAUGAUAAUUUGCCGAGAUUAGGGGCAGAUAACUCUGACCCAAUACAGAAAUGGCUGAUGGUCCUCAAGGAGCACAGCUCCUCAGAGCAGUGUCCACUUCUACAAGUCAGCUGUGCCAAGGUCAUAGGUCAAAAUGCUGAUCUUCUGCUGAUUGACUCUGAAAACAAGAUAGGUGACCUGACCUUUCCGUUCUGGACAGUUUUGGUCAACUUGCUCCAAGAGGAUGAUGGUCAAGUGAAAGAAAUGAUUACUGAGGCAUUGUCCAAACUUUGUGAGGACACAGGUACAGUACAGCCUUUUCUGUCGCUGGACCUGCUGAUUGGUCAGUUGGUCAAUUGCCACGGCACUACAACCAGAUGGAAAGGAUGCUUGUCUACUCUCCUCAACUGGAUAAAGGGGGAUGAUGGUGAUGAUAGUAUUGUCGAGGAAAGACUGUUUGACAAGGGUGAGAUGAAUACCUACCGUGAGGAUGUAAUAUUUGUUCUGCUAAUCAUCAAACAUCUUACCACACUUCUUCUUCAACUGACCAGAGGUCAAGAUUUAAUAAAGUCUUCUAUCACAGAUCAGUCAGGAAGCUUGACACUAAAGGAAGGUAACUCUGAUCAUAAAAAUAUCACAAAACUUGAUAAUGUUAUGAGAUAUUGUGAAAGACAUUUUCCCUCACAGGAAGUGAUCAAACACUUUGUGAAGUUAAGAGAUAUUGAAACUGCUACAUUUAGUUUUUCAGAAAUUGAAAUAAUAUUCAAGGAAAUUUUAGGCAACUUACAUAAAUCCAUUGAAGCACAGGAAGUGGUAUCUAUAUCAUCACCAUUCUUGGAAGUGUCACGGUACAGGACAGUGUUUCCAAACAUCUACAGGACCCUGAAGUUGAUGGAAGUGGUCAAAUGUUUGAAUGACACACUUUGUGACCAGUGUGAUGUCAUUGGUUCUUGUAUUAUCAGUAAACUAGGGGAGCAGAUCCCAGUGGUAAACACCUUGGUGUCAAGUGCAAUGAUGUAAGAAGAGAUAAAUAUUUAAUGAUUGUAGUGGAUAUAGUAAAAUUCAUCUUAGCUUGUUUAAUAACUAUUAUGGUCAUUAGUAUGCUAUUGUGAAGAAAUAAA